AUGGCGCCUGCACUCCUCACGGCAGUUGAUGCCACAUCCCACAUCCACCUUAUAAUCGGUUCCAACCCACUGGCAGCUGCACGAUGCUCGCGUUCGAUAGAAGUUGGUGCGAAGCCAAUACUCCUCGCACCAGAAGAUUCCACACUGCAUUAUGGUCUAGCCAAGCGCAUCGAGGCGGGCCAAGUGCACUGGGUGAAGCGAAGUUUCCAAGAGGAGGAUUUGACAACACUUGGAAGAGCCGAAGUAGAUGGCGUCGUAGACGCUGUCUUUGUGACUGCGGCAGGCAAACAGGCAUCAUCAACCCAAAUAUCUAGUCUUUGCCGGAGACUACGCAUACCCAUUAAUGUCGCCGAUGCACCGAAUCUCUGCUCUUUCACGCUCCUCUCCACACACUGCGAUGGUCCUCUGCAGAUUGGUAUAACAACAUCUGGAAAGGGUUGUAAGCUCUCCGCAAGAAUCCGGAGAGAGAUUGCUGCAUCGCUACCCCCACGUCUGGGUGAAGCAGUGGAGAGACUAGGCACACUACGAAGACGUAUAUGGGAGGAAGAUCAUGCAGCCGAACUGUCGCAAGAUAUCGAGGCAGAAGAAGAAGACAGUGGGCAGCCAGCCACGUUCAACAAGUUAAUCUUGGAAGAGAGCAAAGAAGCAGCCCGCGGUCGUCGCAUGCGUUGGCUAUCCCAGAUAUGCGAAUACUGGCCGCUACGCCGUCUUGCGUCCAUCACCGACACAGACGUCGACAUGUUAUUCCGCGAAUUCGCCAGUAGCAGCCCCUCCAAAGUUGGCCCAACCACGACGACCCCGCAACGAGUAGGACGCAUUAUUCUUGCAGGCUCUGGUCCGGGUAAUCCCGACCUACUCACGCGCGCAGCACACAAAGCCAUCCUUUCCGCUGACCUAAUCCUUGCCGACAAACUUGUUCCCGCACCAAUCCUUGACCUCGUCCCCCGCCGUGCAACCGUCCACAUUGCGAGAAAGUUUCCCGGCAAUGCAGACAAAGCGCAAGAAGAGCUCUUGGAACUCGGCCUAGAGGGACUGAAAGCCGGCAAAGUGGUAGUCAGGAUAAAACAGGGCGAUCCAUACAUCUACGGCCGCGGUGGCGAAGAAUAUGACUUCUUUCGUGAGCACGGCUUCAUACCUAGUGUACUACCUGGUAUCACGAGUGCACUCAGCGCACCGCUAUUCGCCGCUAUACCCGCAACACACCGCGGUAUCGCCGAUCAAGUGCUCAUCUGUACCGGCACCGGCCGCAAAGGCGCUCCUCUCGAUCCCCCGGAAUUCGUCCCUUCACGCACAAUGGUCCUACUGAUGUCUCUACACCGUCUCUCCGCGCUAGUCGAGAGUCUAAUCGGUAAAGGAUACCCCAUAGACCUCCCAGUCGCCGUGCUCGAACGGGCAUCGUGUCCAGACCAAAGAGUCAUCAGGACGACUUUGGAACACGUUUGCGCUGCCGUCGAGGAAGAGGGGAGCAGACCUCCGGGCUUGUUGGUUGUGGGCUAUGCUUGCAAGGUGCUUAUCAAGCAUGAGCAGAGAUGGGUGGUGGAAGAAGGAUUCCAUGGCUUGGAUAAUCUAGGUGGGGAUGGCGAGUUGGAGAUUAGUAGACUCGUGCAUGAUGCUACUGCUGCUACGGCAGUGGCGGCUUAA